AUGUCUGCCCAAACUACAUUAUCUAUGAUUCCAUCAAUCGAUGGAGUACUCUCUGGUGCUGAUCAGAAUACAUAUGAAGAUCACUUGCUAACAAUGCCAUCGUUCGCGAUUGAAGUGGCUGGUGAAGUUAACCCUCUCGUAAGAGAAACCUUGUACAAGGCCCUGGUGGCCUCCACAUCGAAUGAUCAACAACAGCUGCAGACGGGGACCAGGCAACUAGAACAUUGGGCACGUACCCCUGGCUUCUACAGCUCUUUACAAUCACUUUUUAUCGACUAUGACAUACCAUCGGAAAUCAGGCAUUUGGCAAUCAUACACCUGAAGAAUGGUGUCGACAAGCAAUGGAGGAAAGCAAGCCGGAAUGCAAUCAGUAAACACGAGAAGGACCUCAUUAGAUCAAGGAGUCUCGGAAGCGUCUUGAACGAGCCUCAUAGCAACCUUGCCCUGAGCUCUGCGAUUUUUGUGGCAAGAGUCAUUAGGAUAGAAUAUCUAACAAGGGUUAAUUAUUUCAGGCCAGACGCAAUACCAAGUAUUCUUACAAGCCUUCAAAAGACUUGUGAAAAGAACCUGGAUGAAGACCUUAUCGUUCGACAUCUCUUGAUCCUUCUCAUGGUGAUCAAAGAAUACACUAAUGCAAGGAUACGUUCAACCCAGCAAAUCUUGCAUGGGGCGGCUCCCGCCAUCACACAAACGGUUUUCACUAUCUACAGUAGUUUACAAGAGCGAUGGCUAUCUUAUUUCCGAGGAAAUGGUGGUGAUGAAGCUAGCGUCUAUGAGGCUCUCCCGCCCAGUCUACUCGCUAUUCGGACACUCAGGCGUAUCAUUGUUAUUGGCUUCGAAGCCCCCCAUCGGGACCCAUAUGUUGUCCACGUGUCCUCGUCGCUAGCUUCGAUGCUUGAAGCUGUGUUAGACCGCCUCACCCAAGGCAGUAUGCAACAAUCCUUGGGAAUUCAAUCUAAAAUGAUGUGGUUUUUGGAGAAACACAUAAUACAAGUUGCGAAAUUCCACCUGAACAUGGCAAAAGAGCGACCAUCUUCAUUUGUACUGUUACCGCAGUCCAUUGGGCUAGCACGUGCGUAUUGGGCGUUUGCUCGACAAUUUAGCGAAACAUACGGCAAAGGUAAGAAAUCGGACCUUGUCAUCGGCACUGAUGGGGAUGCCGAAGAUGAAGACCAGAUUUGCUUCAGUGAACGCUUUGCGUUGAAGAGCCUCUUGUUGUUGAGGGCAUGUGUGAAGAUGGUUUUCAAUCCGGCUAUGACGUUCAAAUUACAGACCGAAGAAAACAAAAAAGACAAGAAAGAUGCCGUGAAAAUCAUGAGCGAUGAAAUGCUCACACUGGAUUUCGCAAAGGAAGUUAUUGACGUGAUGGUUUCUAAAUUUUUCAUAUUCACACCAAGAGAUCUCAAGCAAUGGGAAACAGAACCAGAUGAGUGGGAGAAGUCUCAAGAAGGAGCUGGAGAAGACUGGGAAUUUUCAAUUCGGACUUGCGCGGAAAAAUUGUUCCUGGAAAUGGUCAUAAACUACAAGGCAGAACUCGUACCUGUCCUCACGGCUUUCAUACACAAUGCGGCAAUAUCGAGCUACAGUCAUGGAGACAUAUUCUAUAAGGACUCUGUAUACGCAGCUCUUGGUCUCGCGGCCCCCGUCUUACACGACAAUUUUGACUUCUCUGGUUUUCUCAGCUCGAGGCUUGCUCCCGAAGUACAGUCCGAGGGACCUGAUUGCAACAUCCUGCGAAGGCGUAUAGCCAUUGUGCUUGGACAAUGGCUACCAGCAAAGGAAGGCCUCGAUCGACCUCUGGUGUACAAGAUCAUCCAGCAUUUAUUAAAUGCCAACGAUAAGAACAACGACCAAGUCGUACGAGUUACUGCCGGCAGACAGCUUGGUAAUAUUGUGGACCCUUUUGACUUUAAUGCAAGUGAUUUCGUCCCUUUUGCACCUGUGAUAAUUGAGAGAUUACUGGACUUAGCCAAGGAAGUAGACCUAGCGGAGACGAGGCAAGCUUUACUCAACUCUUUACACAUUCUAGUUGUGAAACUGGAAGCCUCUGUCGUUCUCUUUGGCGAUCAAAUUCUCACCGGUCUUUCAACUUUCUGGGCUGGCAGCGAGGGUGAUAUAAGCCUCCGCGAGAUGAUCCUUUCUGUAUUGGUUGCGCUUCUUGGAUCCAUGGGAGAGCAUGCAAGGACACACCAUAUAUCCUUGAUACCUCUCAUACAAGCGUCCACCAAUCCCGAGACUCCAGAAGGGGAAAUACUUGCCGAGGAAGCCCUCAACCUUUGGUCUGCUAUCUUGGACCAAACACCAUCGCCUGCUCCUCACGAGGUCAUCGAGCUAUUCAGGUAUCUGAUGCCUUCGCUUGAGGUCGGUUCCGAGAUGCUUGCCCGGGGUUUGACUAUCCUUGCAACGUAUAUCCACUUAAUCCCCAUGGAAAUUAUCGGCCAUUCGUCUGAACUCUUUGCAAAAUGCGAUAAGAUUCUCAAGGGACCUCUUCAAGACCCCGUUGGGCUCGUCGCUCACGCUAUCGAGCUAUUAUUUUGUUUUGCUGAAAAACUUGGCGACAGGAGCACUGUGGAACAGGUUACACUCUCAAUGGUCGCAACACCGUUCCUCACGACUGUGCUGGACGAUUUACAUGACGCGUACCAAGCGCAUCAGACCACCGGGCCAAACAAGAAGUAUCCAACUGUAUCCAGCAUCAUCGAGACCGACUAUUUCGCCAUGCUCUCCCGAAUCGCUAUUCUGAGCCCAACGAUCCUGACCAGCGCAGUCCGAAGCGUUCGACCAGAUGAAAGCUACGAGUGGCUGAUCGAAGAAUGGUUUAGCCAUUUAGAUAGUAUCAGUCACCCUCUCCGCAAGAAGCUCUCAUGUCUUGCAUUGACCUCUUUUCUCAAUAUCGAUGCCCCGGAGAUUUCUGGUAGGCUACAGCUCUAUAUGGCGAUGUGGACGAGUGUUCUUAUUGAACUUGAAGAGGAGUACGAGGGCAAAGACGGUACCGUUGUGAAACGAGAUUGUCUUGUUCAUACAGAGGAUGAUACAUUCAAGCCAGACCAAUUUGAUUCGCCAAGUGUGAUUCGUUCGAAAGAGCUAUCUCAACACGACCCCAUCCACACCGUUGAGACGAGAACAUUCAUCCGCACGGCACUAGAACAUGCAAUCCAAAGUUCUGGAGGAAUGGAUAUAUUCAGGACGAAAUACAUUGAUAAUGUGGAUGCGGACAUCGUGAAAGCAUUUGCAGAGCUAGGGGUUAUUUGA